UUCCGAAUCUGCGGGUUUGAUUCUCUCGUCUCAAACGAGUAGAUCAAUAAUAUUUUCAUCUUUUCGCUACUUUUGCCAACUCCUUAUUCGAUCCUACUCUCAUCUUCUGCAAAUUCAUCUGCUGGUGCUCAACAAACUCUGAGAAUCUCAUAACUUGUUGUGGUUUCGAAUUGUUAGGAAAAAUUAAAAACAGAUAAUACGCCGUCAUUUCCUGAUUUCUUUUGUGUACGUCGUGAGUUUUUAUACUUAUCCAAAUCAUAGCACUAUGAUAAAUACAUAGAUAAGUGACCUCGUAAAUUAAUAAACUGCACACAUUAAACUGGUAACCAAGCAUCCUUUAACAUCUGCGUAGUCAAAUUAAGCACUACGCAUUGCGAUAUCUUUAAUUAGUUUGCGUACUUUUCGGUGCAACGCUGUGAUUUUGACACGGAUCGAAGUCCGUUAUCCAAAAUAUUUAUAGAUCUGUUUUUCGGUGCUCAUCUUCAGUUGUUUCGUGCAUAAAAGGAACACACAAUCCAAGCUCACCACAACUCAACCUUCUUUAGUUACAGUUCGUGUGUUCAUUUCGAGUUUGACACAUAUACGAAUUGGAUAGAUAUUGUGUAUCUAUGAAAAUGCAAAACUAUGACAUUGGCCAGAUGCGUGCUAUUUAUGUCAAGUUUUUCUACAAUACCUUCACACAUGACUUUGCAUUAAAUACUCGUCAUGAGAUUAAAUAUUAAUGAUAAAUCUGGAAAGUGUACUACAAUAUUGCUAUUAGUAUUGCAACAGUCUUUUUUACAACAUAUUUUGAGCCCAAUUCCGGACGAAACUACAUUUUUAAGCUUGUUGGUGCUUUAGCUUCUAACAAUGAGAGUACAUAUUCCUAGUCUUUUAGCAACUCAGGGGGUGUAAUUAUCAGAAUGCAGCUUAAAUCAAUAAAACAUAAAUAUGCUGUGACCCCAGUUUAAAUUUAAAAAAUGCACUUCAAUUGAGACCAUAUAACAAAAAAAUAAAAAAUAAUGGAGACCGAUCUCGAAAUGGAGAGUCCCCUCAACAACAACUACCAUCCCCACUCACGACGGGGUCAAAGUGUCAAAACAACGUCGAGGUCACUGGUUGUCUCUGUCCUGGCCGGUCUGUCCCUGCCGAUACUCCUCCCAUCGGGACACAUGCUACUCUUUGCCCACUUCUGGGGCUACGGAGACAAUGAGGUUGAUAAGAAGGAAUGCACCUGCUCCUGUUGGGACACCGUGUUCAAAGGACCGUAUGAAUCAGGGAUUGCAAAGUACAAACACGUCUACUUCAACAGUACUUCAAACACUUUUAAAAUGUGGGUGACUUCUCUCCUCUUUUUCAUCGCUUUGUAUGAAACCGUCAAGCAUUUGGUUCUGCUUCUGUACAAGCGGAGACUACGAUGGUCCCUGGGCCUCUUGUUGCUCGUGUCAAUCCACUCUCAUUACUACGCUUGGUGGGGGCACUGGAACUACUGGAAUGACGAUUUUUAUCCCCAAUGGUCGCACCAGCUCUUUUUCACUGUCACAGAGCUUUUCUCCAGUCUUCUCGUUUUCUCUCAGGUGGAUCGACGUAAGGCCAUGGAGCCCUUGCCGCUUCUGAUUGUGGGGACGAUAGCAAUAUUUCACAUAACUUCCUCCACCUGGGAUCAAUUCUUCCUCAACGUGCUAAAAUUUGGAGGAAGAAUGCAUCAGGUACUUCGCGACAUCUUACUCAUGACUACAGACUGCCUCCAAGUGUUUGUCGUGUGGAGAGAAUUGCGCCAGAUAGCGGGGCGCAAAGGGGUCUCAUUGUGUCAUCUGGUUGCACAAAGGAGACAUUUGGGCGUUAUCGGCGUAACAACGGCUGUCAUGUUUUUAUACCUUGUCCUCUGCCCGUAGUUGGACAAUGAUUACGACGUUCGAAUUUGCUUGAAAAUUACAGCUGUGAUAUUUUUAUAUAUAUUUAGGAUAAGGUUUUAGCAAGGCAUUUAAGUACAUAUUACGUAGGUACAUAAGUCUUGAUCUUAUUAUUUUUUAUUGUAAGUUAUUAUAUAGUUGAUGUAGCUAUAGAGUACAAAUACCAGACACUUUAUGAUUAUUAUUACUCUGUAGCGGUGCUCUUUUAUAAUUCAUGGUGCACUUUAUUACCAGUAGAAUAUUAGACGAAACAUGAAACCCAUCGUAAAUACAUAAGUAUUGAACUUGAUUGCUCGGUGCCAUUAUCUUACUACCAUUAGAAUACUGAUUAUCUGAUAGCCAAGAUUAAGAGUUUACGGAAGAUAUAGAUAUGAUGACAUUGAAAACAUUGUCUCUUCAUAUUUCCAAGCUUUCAUAAGUUGGUUUAAAAUGUUUAGAAUGUGCUGCUUCUAGUAAAAUGGAGCCUAAAAGUGUGUAGGACUGCAUGCAUUUGUUUAAUAAUAACUUUUCAUGUACAACUCCAUAUGUAAAAAUAAAGGUGCGAUUUGAAUUGUAUAAGAUUAAUUUUA